GAUCACAGAUACACUUCGCGAGGCCCAGAUCUAAGAGGGAACAGGAAGCCUCGUUCUCUCGCUCUCCACCUCCUCCGAUCUAUCUCUCUCUUACUUUCUGAAAAAAAUUUCUCUUUCUGAAUAUUUUCUCUCACAUAUACAUAUAUAACUGGUUUUGUGGAUGCGAUACCAAGCCUUUUGAUCCCUUCGCAUACUGAUCAGAUCUGAGUGUUUGGGGUCCAAGAUGUUGACGAAGUUCGAGACUAAGAGUAAUAGAGUGAAGGGACUUAGCUUUCACAGCAAGAGGCCAUGGAUCCUUGCGAGUCUACAUAGCGGUGUGAUCCAACUAUGGGACUACCGGAUGGGGACUCUGAUUGAUCGAUUUGAUGAGCAUGAUGGGCCUGUUCGCGGCGUUCAUUUCCACAAAUCUCAACCGCUCUUUGUGUCCGGAGGGGAUGACUACAAAAUUAAAGUUUGGAACUACAAGAUGCAUAGGUGUCUCUUUACACUUCUUGGACACCUUGAUUAUAUUCGUACUGUGCAGUUCCAUCACGAGUACCCAUGGAUUGUUAGUGCAAGUGAUGAUCAGACUAUUCGCAUAUGGAACUGGCAAUCACGUACAUGUAUUUCUGUCUUGACGGGCCAUAAUCAUUAUGUUAUGUGUGCCACCUUCCACCCAAAAGAGGACCUGGUUGUGUCAGCCUCCCUUGAUCAGACUGUUCGUGUGUGGGAUAUUGGUGCACUGAGAAAGAAGACUGUGUCUCCUGCUGAUGACAUACUGAGACUUAGUCAGAUGAAUACAGAUCUUUUUGGAGGUGUUGAUGCUGUCGUUAAGUAUGUCUUGGAGGGUCAUGACCGAGGUGUCAACUGGGCUGCAUUCCACCCCACACUGCCUCUGAUUGUCUCAGGAGCAGAUGAUCGCCAAGUUAAAUUAUGGCGGAUGAAUGAUACCAAAGCUUGGGAAGUGGAUACAUUGAGAGGACACAUGAAUAAUGUGUCAUGUGUUAUGUUCCAUGCCAAACAGGACAUAAUUGUAUCCAAUUCAGAGGACAAAAGCAUCCGUGUGUGGGAUGUGACAAGGCGAACUGGAAUUCAAACUUUCCGCAGAGAGCAUGAUCGUUUCUGGAUUCUUGCAUCUCACCCGGAGAUGAAUCUGUUGGCUGCAGGUCAUGACAGUGGAAUGAUUGUUUUCAAGUUAGAGCGAGAGCGGCCAGCCUUUGCAGUGAGUGGUGAUAGCCUGUUCUAUGCUAAAGAUCGAUUUUUGCGGUACUAUGAGUUUUCAAAUCAAAGGGAUACACAAGUUAUUCCAAUUCGACGCCCUGGUUCUACUAGCUUGAAUCAAAGUCCUAGGACCCUUUCUUACAGUCCUACUGAAAAUGCUGUUCUUAUAUGCUCAGAUGUGGAUGGAGGAUCUUAUGAGUUGUAUUGCAUACCUAAGGACAGCAUUAAUAGGGGUGAUAGUGUUCAGGAUGCAAGGAGAGGUACAGGGUCAGCUGUAUUCGUUGCUCGGAAUAGGUUUGCUGUUCUUGACAAAAGCAGCAAUCAAAUCUUGGUUAAAAAUCUGAAUAAUGAGGUUGUCAAGAAGAGUUUGCUCCCGAUUGCUGCUGAUGCAAUAUUCUAUGCAGGAACUGGUAAUUUGCUGUGUAGGGCAGAAGACAGGGUUGUUAUAUUUGAUCUCCAACAGAGGAUGGUACUUGGUGAUCUGCAAACUCCCUUCAUCAAGUAUGUGGUUUGGUCAAACGAUAUGGAGAGUGUUGCUUUGCUUAGCAAACAUGCUAUUAUCAUUGCUAGCAAGAAGCUUGUCCACCAGUGCACUCUUCAUGAGACCAUCCGUGUAAAGAGUGGUGCUUGGGAUGACAAUGGUGUAUUCAUUUACACAACUCUCAAUCAUAUUAAAUACUGCCUUCCAAAUGGAGAUGGUGGCAUAAUUAGGACCCUUGAUGUUCCUAUAUACAUUACAAAGGUUUCUGGAAACACUAUCUUCUGCUUGGAUCGGGAUGGGAAAAACAGGGCCAUUGUUAUUGAUGCUACGGAAUAUAUUUUUAAGCUGUCUCUAUUUAGGAAGAGAUAUGACCAUGUGAUGAGCAUGAUAAAGAAUUCUCAACUCUGUGGGCAAGCAGUAAUUGCUUAUCUGCAGCAGAAGGGGUUCCCUGAAGUUGCUUUACAUUUUGUGAAAGAUGAAAGAACUCGUUUUAACUUGGCUCUUGAGAGCGGGAAUAUUCAAAUAGCUGUUGCAUCAGCUACAGCAAUUGAUGAGAAAGAUCACUGGUAUAGACUGGGGGUAGAGGCUCUUCGCCAAGGCAAUGCAGGCAUUGUGGAAUAUGCUUACCAGAAGACCAAAAAUUUUGAGAGGUUAUCCUUCCUUUAUCUCAUAACUGGUAACACAGAGAAGCUGUCGAAGAUGCUGAAAAUUGCUGAGGUUAAGAACGAUGUCAUGGGUCAGUUCCAUAAUGCACUUUAUCUGGGUAAUGUACGAGAGCGGGUUAAGAUCUUGGAGAAUGUUGGCCACUUGCCGCUUGCUUACAUAACAGCUAAAGUUCAUGGGCUGCAGGAGGACGCUGAAAGGCUAGCUGCUGAAUUGGGUGAUAAUCUGCCAUCUUUGCCAGAGGGGAAAGUGCCCUCCCUUUUGAUGCCCCCAACUCCAGUGAUAUGCGGUGGUGAUUGGCCACUUCUGAGAGUAAUGAAGGGCAUAUUUGAUGGUGGUCUGGAUAACAAUGCCAGGGGUACCGCAGAUGAAGAGUAUGAGGCUGCUGAUGGUGACUGGGGUGAGGAGCUGGACAUGGUUGAUGUGGAUGGCUUACAAAAUGGGGAUGUUACAGAAAUUUUGGAAGACGGAGAAGUGGGGGAAGAAAAUGAGGAAGAGGGAGGUUGGGACCUUGAAGAUUUGGAACUUCCCCCUGAAGCAGACACUCCAAAGGCUUCUGUCAAUGCACGGUCCUCAGUUUUUGUUGCUCCAACUCCUGGUAUGCCUGUAAGCCAGAUUUGGACCCAGAGGUCAUCUCUUGCUGCUGAACAUGCAGCUGCAGGCAAUUUUGACACUGCAAUGCGGCUGCUGAAUAGGCAACUUGGAAUAAAAAACUUUGGUCCUUUGAAAUCCAUGUUUCUUGAUCUUCAUUCGGGAAGCCACACCUAUCUACGUGCAUUUUCUUCUACUCCAGUGAUAUCACUUGCUGUUGAGCGUGGAUGGAGUGAAUCUGCUAGCCCAAAUGUGAGAGGGCCACCAGCUCUUGUGUUCAAUUUUUCUCAGUUGGAAGAGAAACUCAAAGCUGGUUACAAGGCUACGACCGCUGGGAAGCUUACUGAAGGUGUUCGGCUGUUUAUUAGUAUUCUACAUACUAUUCCGUUGGUUGUUGUUGACUCAAGGAGGGAAGUUGAUGAAGUUAAGGAGUUGGUUAUUAUUGUUAAAGAGUAUGUGCUAGGUUUGCAAAUGGAGCUGAAGAGAAGGGAAAUGAAAGACAAUCCAGUACGCCAGCAGGAGCUUGCAGCUUAUUUUACGCAUUGCAAUCUCCAAGUGCCUCACUUAAGGCUUGCCUUGCUAACUGCAAUGAGCGUUUGUUUCAAGGCAAAGAACCUGGCCACUGCCGCUAACUUCGCCAGGCGGCUACUGGAAACUAACCCAACCAAUGAGAACCAAGCAAGGACAGCUAGACAAGUGCUGCAGGCUGCAGAGAGGAACAUGACCGAUGCUUCUCAGCUGAACUAUGAUUUUAGGAACCCAUUUGUGAUUUGUGGAGCAACGUAUGUACCAAUUUACCGAGGACAGAAAGAUGUAUCAUGCCCAUAUUGCAGUUCACGGUUUGUGCCAAGCCAGGAAGGACAGCUUUGCAGAGUUUGUGAUCUUGCAGUUGUUGGAGCGGAUGCUUCUGGUUUACUAUGUUCUCCUUCUCAGAUUCGAUGAUCAAUCUACUGAAGCUGGAGAGUUGAUUUUGCCAUUUGUCCUUUUUGCAGCAGAAGCUAUCUCUUUCACUGAUUCAAAUCUGCAUGUAGAAGGUAAGAAAUACCAUAGAAAGAGUUCGAUUCCAAAUGAAUUGUCAGUGCUGUCUCCUUUUCUUGGGUUAUUCCGUUUUUCUCCUCUUUAAUCAGUUGAUUAUGACUUCCAAUGUAAUAAGAAAAAUUACCAGAAUUUUGUUUUAGGCUAUGCUAAAUAGUUGUUUAUAGGGAAGAAUGAUUAAGGCCUUUGUGAAAUUAGAAGAUGGUUGAUAGGCAGGACAUGUGUAUGCAAAAUUUGCUUUUCUCUGUGGUGAAUUGAGAUUUCAAUCUAUCGGCUUUGAAUGAUAAGUUUUGUUAUAUUUCCUGUUA